AUACCAACUAACAAUAGGUAACGCCCAUCCAGCACCUGUAAAGCAUUUAUGGAUGCUCAAAUUCCUCCGAACAAUUGCAUGAGCCAGAUCUGACCUCUCCACAAAUUCAAGCUCACUGAACAGUAGCAGUCAGCUUGUACCUGUGUCCACAUGUGGAAAUGACUUCUGAUAUCAGCUGGCUACUUGUAGCAGUGUGAAGAAAUGUGACUAUGUGGUUAAUAAGUAGCUGUGGCAACCUUUGCUCUUCCUGGGAUUACUCAAGCAAGUGCCAAGUUGCUACAGUAGGUACGGUACUCAGAUCUUUCGGGAGAACACGCCGAUCGAAAGGAAGAAAUUGAAGAUGAUUGUUUUGGUUAAUAAAAGGAAAGAUAGACUUGAACAAUAGAGCACAGCCGGACAGUGUGGAUCAGAGAGCUAAGUUUCAAAAUAAUCUGUGUUUGGUCUCACAGAAAUGGCCAUGGUCCAGACUAAGUCUUCAAGAGAUAUCCUCACAGAUCAAGGCAGCCCUCUCCUGCAGGAUCCCGACAUCUUACCCUUCACCAGCUAUCCCAGCAUGCAGUACCAAUUCAUGGAGCCAACAGUGUCUUCCACUCCAUACUAUUCCACUCAGAACUACUACCCACAGUAUAAUGGAGACGAAUGGUACUCACACACAGGGAUAUAUGAACUGAGGAAAGGACCCCUCGAGGGCAGCUAUGAGGUGGAGAUGGAGGAGGGCUCCUCUGUUGUGCCAGCUGCGUGCAAGAGAAGCCGGCACCUGUCACAAGCUGGAAGGGUUAAAGGGGAGGAACUGUGUGUUGUAUGUGGAGACAAGGCCUCUGGAUACCACUAUAAUGCUCUCACUUGUGAGGGAUGUAAAGGUUUCUUCAGACGGAGCAUCACGAAAAAUGCUGUGUACAAAUGCAAGAGUGGUGGAAACUGUGAGAUGGACAUGUACAUGCGCCGGAAAUGCCAGGAGUGCCGGCUGAGAAAGUGCAAGGAGAUGGGCAUGCUGGCAGAAUGCCUGCUGACAGAGAUCCAGUGUAAAUCUAAAAGGCUGCGGAAGAACACCAAGGCCUCCCCAGGACAGUCGACUGGGGAUGAGACGGAGGGGCCAGAGAAUGUCGACAACAAGCAGGUCACCUCCACCACCAGACUGUCAAAGGAAAAGGUUGAACUCACCAAAGAGCAGCAGGCACUCAUGAAACUCAUCGUGGAUGCUUACAACAAACAUCAGAUUCCUCAAGAUUUUGCUAAAAAGCUGCUACAAGAACAGUACAGCGCAGACGAAAACUUUCUCCUACUGACAGAAGUGGCAACAAGUCAAGUUCAAGUUUUGGUGGAGUUUACAAAAAGUAUUCCAGGGUUUCUGUCUCUGGAUCACGAAGAUCAGAUUGCUCUGCUGAAGGGUUCAGCUGUGGAAGCCACAUAUCUGCGCUCAGCUCAGGUUUUCAGCAAAAAGAUGCCCACUGGAUACGCGCAACUUUUAGAGGAGAGGAUACGGAAGAGUGGUAUAUCACAGGACUUCAUCACACCCAUGUUCAACUUUUACAAAAGCAUCUGUGAACUCCACAUGGCACAGGAGGAACAGGCUCUCCUUACUGCCGUAACCAUCCUGACACCAGAUCGGCCUUAUGUCAAAGAUCAGCAGGCUGUUGAGAGACUUCAGGAGCCCAUGCUGGAUGUGCUGAGGAAGCUGUGCGCCCUGCAGCAUCCGCAGGAGCCACAGUACUUCGCUCGUCUCCUGGGCCGUCUGACAGAGCUCAGAACGCUCAACCACUUCCAUGCGGAGAUGCUCACAUCCUGGAGAACGAAUGACCACAAAUUUACCCCGCUGCUCUGUGAGAUCUGGGAUGUGCAGUGA